GUACUAGUAAUCAACAAGAAGGCGAGAAGAAAAAGAAGAAAGAUAGACUUCAAAGAUGUUAGAUCUUUUUACUAUAUUCUCCAAGGGAGGAAUCGUCCUUUGGUGCUUUCAAGGAACUUAUCAGUCCUUCACACUACCUGUAAAUGAACUCAUUCGUGGCGUUAUUCUACAAGAGCGUGGAGGUGGUAAUGCCUUCAACCAUGAGUCGCUUACUUUAAAAUACAAGUUGGAUAAUGAAUUUGAACUCGUAUUUGUGGUUGCAUUCCAAAAGAUACUCCAUUUAUCAUACAUUGACAAGCUGUUAGACGACAUGCAAUUGGAGUUCAGGGACAAGUACAAGGAUGAUCUGAACAAGGGAGUAAUACGAAACUUUGAGUUCAAUGAAGAAUUCAAUCGUAUACUCAAGAAUGCAGAAAUAAGUAAUAAAGUACAAGCAUUGGCUCCCAAAAAGAUGCGUACGUUUGAACAAUCUGAUAAAUCGAAAAAGACAGUCUCGUCUAUGAUUGUGAAAGAGAAUGGCAAUGAUGUCAAAAGUGGGAAAACUGGGAAAGGGAAGAAAAAUGAACAAAAAGAAGCACAACCUGACAAGCCCAAGCCCCCCAAAGCACCAGAAACAAACAAUAGAACAGCAGAAAAUGGCUUGACCCCUGAAGAAAUAAUACAGAAAAACAAAGAGAAGCUGAUGAGGAAGCUGGCUGGGAAACCACCAAAACCAGCAAGCAGCAAGUCAUCACCUGCUGCUCGUAAAGAGCGGAAGAAGGAGAAGAGGCAAUGGGAGCAGUCUGGUAGUGCCAAAGACUUGGAGGUUCUAGAUUUCAGUGGUGCUAAUGGACAAAAAGACAAUGCUGAUGAAGAAGAAGAGGAAAUCAAACACUUGUUGGCAAUGAAAGGUUCAAUGGAAGGGCAGAUAAAGGAAAUGGAAUAUGAAAGUUCCAGUGAAGAAGAAAUAGAAGAUGAAAUUGAAUUGAAAGAGGAGAAGAAUGUCAAUGCUACUGCAAAUCAAAGUAAUGCUGGCCUUACUGGCGGAGUCUUCUCAUUCUUCAAAGGUCUUGCAGGGCAGAAAACACUAACACCUGAACAGAUUGAACCUGUGCUGGACAAGAUGAGAGACCAUUUGAUUGGUAAGAAUGUUGCCGCCAACAUCGCUGAUCAGUUGUGUCAGUCAGUGUCUAGCAAGCUAAAUGGAAAGGUUAUUGGCACAUUCAGUGGUAUUGCAUCAACUGUGAAGGCCAGCCUAGAGGAGUCUCUGAUUCAGAUUCUGUCACCUCGUCGCAGGGUGGACAUCUUGCGCGAUGCCAUGGAGAUAAAAGGGCGUGGCCACCCUUAUGUUAUUACCUUCUGCGGGGUCAACGGUGUUGGUAAAUCCACUAACCUGGCCAAGGUGUGUUUUUGGCUGCUUGAGAAUCGUUUCCGCGUCAUGAUUGCAGCAUGUGAUACCUUCCGCGCAGGUGCAGUGGAACAGCUACGUACCCAUGUACGUCAUCUGAAUGCCCUACACCCACCCCCCAAGGAAAAUGGCCCACCAUCUGUCAUGUUGUAUGAGAAAGGCUAUGGCAAGGAUGCUGCAGCUAUCGCCAUGGAUGCAAUUAAUUUUGCGCGUGAACAGCGUAUUGAUGUAGUGUUGGUGGACACGGCAGGAAGAAUGCAGGAUAAUGAACCACUGAUGCGGGCUCUGUCCAAGCUGAUCAAGAUCAAUAACCCUGACCUGGUUCUGUUCGUCGGGGAGGCGCUGGUUGGAAACGAAGCUGUUGACCAGCUUUCAAAGUUCAACCAAGCUUUGGCUGACUACUCAAGCCAAGAAAAUCCACGUCUGAUUGAUGGGAUUGUACUUACUAAGUUUGACACUAUUGAUGACAAGGUUGGUGCGGCAAUCUCGAUGACCUACACCACAGGCCAGCCUAUAGUGUUUGUAGGCACAGGACAGACCUACCGAGAUCUAAAGAAUCUGAAUGCAAAGGCUGUGGUACACGCCCUCUUGAAGGCUUARACAGUCUAAUGACGAUUAAUAAUAAUGAAUAUUUAUUAUAAAUAUAUUGAGGACAUAGUUAUUUUAACUCUUAGCGUAUGCACCUGUUAUUCUACAUAACCCGAUAUCGUAGUUCCAGUCGUUCAGAAUGAAACGGCGUACUUAAAAUAUCUAUCGAUAUCUAAUAAUUCUGCUAGGCAUACCUAGGACAUUCGGAGACAUGCAGAUUACUCUCUGUAGGAGGGUGCAAUUUUGGUACAGGGGGUUUCGCCGCUCUCUCUCCUUUGUAAGAAGGCCCUCGAGUACCCAUACCCCUCAUUGGUGGGGUAGUCUGUAUAGGGUGCUAUACAUGCUCUCCAGUAGCUUUGGAAGUAUGCGCUUUUUAAGUUGGCUAAAAACCUUCAUAAUUACCUCCAAAUACCAAAUGCUUCACUUCCAAAUAUGCUUUCACACUGCUCAAGUGACACAACAAACAAAUUCAAUCUUCUGCGCAAAAUCUUAAUUUAUUUUCGUUAUGAAAACACCAAAUUUUCCCUUGUAGCAGUCUCCCUCGUUGGCGAUUCUUGGCAUUGUCAACGAGGGAGACACUGCUAGCAGGGAACACCAAAUUACAAAGAACUUUUAAAUUUGUUGAACUAAAAUUGAUCAUAAAAAUUAAUUAUCUAUUUUAAAUCUGUAAAGAUAGUGAAAUCGUAUAAACUUAAAAGAUAAUAAAACAUUAGAAGGUGGUACAAUAAUGA